UAGAGCGUAUAAAGCUUGUUCGCUGCUAAUAGGGUUUUUAUAAUCCCGCCAUCUGCUUCCAAGCUCGCCGCCGAUUGUCGGAACUCGAAAAUGCCGUCUCACAAGACUUUCAGAAUCAAGAAGAAGCUCGCGAAGAAGAUGAGGCAGAACAGGCCAAUCCCGCACUGGAUCCGCCUGAGAACCGACAACACGAUCAGGUACAAUGCGAAGCGCAGGCACUGGCGUCGCACCAAGCUAGGGUUCUGAGGUGCUUUCGAUUUAAUUUUCAAUGUUCAUUUACCUUGACUUUUUUAAGAUUGAGAACUUGAAUUUUCGUACAAUUUUUGUAGUUGAGCAACUGAAAUCUAGUUCAUCUGAUAUUUUUGUUUAAUCAUCACUACACUCAAGUUUGAAGUGCUUUCGAAUGGAGUGAAUUUACUGUCGA